AUGUUCCACACGUUUGAAAUCCGAGACCCCGGUGAACCUGCGACACCAAGACUCCAACCAGCACGCAAAGUGAACAAGUCAUGUUCAGAAUGCACGCGCCGAAAAGUGAAAUGCGACGGGGGAAAUCCUUGUACGAGUUGCCAGUACUAUCAGAUUUCCGAAGCCUGCGCCUAUAGACAACGAACUAGACGUCAGGCAGCGAGCAGGAGCACCCUUGAGAAAACCACAGCAACCCUGCGUCGUCAGGCUGGAGUUCUCCGACUACUCUUUCCUAAUUGCUCUCUAGACGAAUUGGUUGAAAAGGACCGAUCGGAGCUCAUCCUUCUCCUGUCGCACGAAUCAACAGAAAACGGACCCUCAGAGGUCUAUAGCGAAGCGCCCCCGGUCGCCAUAUCACCCAUUAUUUCCAGCCACAUUGAAGAUUCUCACGACUCGCCAGAGGAGUCCGAUAGGGGGGAAUCGGGAGAGGAAAGGUGCUGGGACGAGUCGGCGCAAAACCCCGCCACGAUGGGAGCCAGCGAUGAUAUAAAUGCAAUCAGUUUGGCGAGCGACCGGCAUCGCCGCUCGUAUCUGGGCAUAUGCUCUGUAAGUGCUGUUCUCCGGGCAUUGUUUCGGCUUUGCCCUGCCGCGAAAAACCGGAUUGUGGAACAGUCCAAGACUUGGCCCGAAGUCCAACAAGAAGUCAAUCGGCCGUCUGCUUUGAAUUCGCAUCUCGGUCUUCCAGUGCCAUCUGAUUCCCUGCGAGAACAACGCUAUAUCGGAUUUUACUUCGAAAAUGUUCAUGCCAUCACACCUUUCUUGCAUGAGGAAUCUUUCAGGGCGACCUUCGCUGCUGGCAAUCGACAAACCCCCGCGUGGUUGGGUCUCUACAACAUGGUGCUCACAGUAGGGUCUAUUGCCUCUGGGAGUGACACUGCUCACAUAUACUAUUAUAAUCGGGCUCGGUCCUACCUUGACCUGGACUCACUUGGAUCUGGUAACUUGGAGACUUUGCAGGCCCUGUGUCUGCUGGGCGGGUACUAUCUCCAUUAUCGAAAUUCUCCUAAUAUGGCAUAUGCGAUCCUCGGUGCCGCCCAACGCUUAGCCAUAGCAUUGGGGUUACACCGAGAGUCCCCAACUCGUGUCGAUCAUCAAGAUCCGGAUAUUGGCCAACGCCACGCCGUCCGGCUCGAAAAUAGACGGCGUACUUGGUGGAGUCUGUACUGCCUUGACACUUGGGCCAGUAUGACCCUGGGUCGCCCGACGUGUGGACGCUGGGAUAGUAGCACCAUGAAUACAUUAUUGCCCACUGCUCUUUAUCCCGACGACCAUUUUGCAGCCUCCUUGAGAGCUAGUACCCAGUUCUGUCACAUCAGCAACCGUCUCCAGCAUCGUUUCGCACAAUCAACCAGGAUCAACAUAUCCGAAGCCCAAAGCCUUGAUCACGAACUUCAGGAGUGGUACAGGACACUGUCUCCUAUCCUUAAAGAGACCAUGAAUUCCCCGCCUCGUAUCACCGUAGCGCGCGAGUUUAUACGAAACAGGUACCACAACGUACGCCUAAUGCUAUCUCGGUGCUUCCUUUUAUACAAAGCGUAUGGAGACUCCGAAAAGCACAGCAUCGGGCAAGCAGAAGAGCAGAUGGCUGACCUCUGCCGCGCUAUCGCCGCGGAGGCUAUCGACGCGAUUGCGCUACACUGGGUUCCUAAUCGAACGCAAGUCUGGAAUUCUGCUUGGUAUCUGUUCCAAGCUUGCAUGGUUCCGCUCCUCUCCAUCGCCAUGGCUGCAUCCUUCAACCUUGGAGCAGUUGGUUCUGACAACGUCAUAUCUUGGCACUCGAGCUUAAACAAAGCGCUUGAGAUCUUUGCGGAGAUGAAACCAUGGAUGCGGGCUUCUGACCGCGCCCCAGAUAUUGUGACUGCCUUAUUCCAAGCCAUUUCUCAAGGUGCUGAGGGUACUGAACGUACGCCAUCGGUGAUUGACGGAGGGUCUCAUCUGUUCGGUUGGGCAGAUGAACUUUUGACGGAUAUGGACUGGAGCAUGCUUUUCAAUGAUGAGAACGUAUCGCCAGGUUUAUUUUCAUUAACCUAA